AUGGCAGAUAUCCAAGAGGAGAAGAUUGUGGUCAAGGUGUUCGAAGGAGCGCCAGUUCUGGGUUUCGGCGACUGCGUUGAUGAUGAUAAAAAUCUCCAGAGUACCAUGGCCGGAUCUGAUCGCGAUGGCACCAAUACACCAGGAUCUGCUUAUGAUACAGAGGUAAUUGCAUUUCCACUCGAACGUCGCAACCCCCAGAGUCAUCUCAAAGAAUGCGAGAUGAAUGGAAACGCUGAAGUAGCAUUCAUCGAUCCCGGAACCGCCCACAAUGCAACUCAAGUCCCGAAUCCCAUUAAACCUCCCAUUACGGAAGUGACAUUCGCUGACAAUGCUCCAACUGGUUGUUGCUAUUACGCAAUUAAGAAAAACUACACUUCCUCGGAGGAUUACCUCACUAUUGCUUCCAUUGGAGACGGCAACGUAGAUGACGACAUGUCUGUCCUUCCUGAGCUUUCUGCUGAGGACUUCAAGACGCUCAAUCGUAGCCUCUUCAACUAUGACCCCCAGAAUGGGUAUUCCACUGACGAACGUCUUGUAUAUCUUUUCGUGGGUUCCUACGGAGUCCGCCUCCACGAGCGAGUUCUAGUCCACUGCAAGUUUCUCCAGGACGUGUUCAAGUCUCCAGCCAAGCCCUCGUAUACUCUGACAGAUCAGACGGCCUUUCAAGAUGUCGGAAUCCAAGAGGUCAAGAUUCUCAUGCAGGCCAUCUAUGGCAUACAAUCCCCUGUUCUUGGUCACGCCAACUACCAAGGCGCCGAUUACAUGGAGGCUCUCUGGCUCUCCGAGAUGCUCCACUGCGACGCAGGUGUCUACGACUCCAUCACGCUGUGUGCACGGGCUCACUUCAGCGCCUUUAAGUACUGGCAGACGAUCCCAGCCAACAGCAUGACACAGGACUUCCACCGAGCCAAGCUCGCAGAGAUCAACGUGGCCUUCAAGGUGUACAGAUCGCGUGCCCCUGGCAACAUACCACGGGCGUUCCGGGACAACUCCUUCGCCAUCCUGCUUGCCAAGUUCUGCCCGGAUUUCGUGUACUGCCUCUACAGCGAUAUGCUCGACUACGACCUUGCGCACCAGGUUGGCGUUGCUGCUAUCCGCAUGCGAGAUAGAAUUGCCCCAUUCUCCACCGAGGAGAUGAAGCUCUUCACCUCUCCCUCUCUAUAA